AUGAGAGAUGACCAAAGAGCAGCCUUCCCCAGCCCCUACAGCAAGCCCCUACAGCAGGCCCCUACAGCAGGCCCCUACAGCAGGCCCCUACAGCAGGUCCUACAGCAGGUCCUACAGCAGGUCCUACAGCAGGUCCUACAGCAGGUCCCUACAGCAGGUCCUACAGCAGGUCCUACAGCAGGUCCUACAGCAGGUCCUACAGCAGGUCCUACGGCAGGUCCCUACAGCAGGUCCUACAGCAGGUCCUACGGCAGGUCCCUACAGCAGGUCCUACAGCAGGCCCCUACAGCAGGCCCCUACAGCAGGUCCUACAGCAGGUCCUACAGCAGGUCCUACAGCAGGUCCUACGGCAGGUCCCUACAGCAGGUCCUACAGCAGGUCCUACGGCAGGUCCCUACAGCAGGUCCUACGGCAGGCCCCUACAGCAGGCCCCUACAGCAGGCCCCUACAGCAGGUCCUACAGCAGGUCCUACAGCAGGCCCCUACGGCAGGCCCCUACGGCAGGCCCCUACGGCAGGCCCCUACAGCAGGUCCCUACAGCAGGCCCCUACAGCAGGCCCCUACGGCAGGCCCCUACGGCAGGCCCCUACGGCAGGCCCCUACGGCAGGCCCCUACAGCAGGCCCCUACAGCAGGUCCUACAGCAGGCCCCUACAGCAGGUCCUAUGGCAGGCCCCUACAGCAGGUCCUACAGCAGGCCCCUACGGCAGACCCCUACAGCAGGCCCCUACAGCAGGCCCCUAUGGCAGGCCCCUAA